AUGUCUUGGUUCAAAGCUGCGUCAAACGGCGUGGGCGACGUUUUCGAAGAGAACGCGGACGAACUUGGUAUUUCAAGCAAAGAAUGGGCGAACAACAUGAAGAGAAGAAUAAGAGACGGCUACGUGGACGGGGCUGAUGCUGGCGAGGACGCCGCGCUGGAAGUGGGCUUCAAGGAGGGCUUCCUGGAGGGAGCUGCCAAGACGGUGGCGGUCGGCCGACUCCGAGGGAUUGUUUGCGCAAUUGGCAGCUGGUACCAAGUAGAGCAUCAAGGCGAGCCCUUCCCCGACUCUGUUACGGACCUCCUUCAGCGCGUUUCGUUACAUGAAGACUCCAUCGUGACGGAAAUCAUGAAAGUCAUGGAGAAGCUCCCACCUCCCAGUGUGGACAAUGUGUUGGAGAGCAUGGAGGAGCUAGAGGUGGUGUGCCCGCCGGGCGGCUGCCAAAAAAGCAACUGUUGUAAAGCAGAGGAACAAAUGGACAACGAAUCUGCUCAGUGUUCAGCCAGCGGCGAUAGUUCCUCUCCCGACUGUGGAGCGCCGUUCAGCGAGCUGGUGCAGCGCUGCAGGGACAUUGUGUCAGAGUUCGGGCUGCCUCAGGAGCUGAUGGAGCACAUCAAUGAACUGGAGAAUAUUUAA